AUGGCGUUCCCGGUGACUCGGUCGUUGAGCAGGAGUCUGGUAGCUUGGGCGGCUUUCGUUGUCCUCAUCGGCACGUUCGAAUGCGCCGGCAGUCAUGCCACGCGGUUGCUCCUGACGGAGCCGCUAGCCGGCGGAGUCGCUCCGAUUAAUCUCACUGCGCCUGGCCUUCAGACCACUAGCGUCCAUGCGGUGAAUCCAGCGGCAAACGCGGCGGUAGGUCCGGAGGCGUCAGUUGCGGCGGAAGCUGCGGCAGAAAUGUUUGGUUUCUGCCUGGGGGAUGAGGAGGAGUGUUCGCCGAGUCUCGCCGGAUCUCGUGAGCGGGUCGCGAACGAAUCUUCACGGAUUGACGCCGCCGUCAGCGAAGGCGGGCUUUCAGAUGACGCUAACGGCUCCACCGGCAGCAGCGGAAGCAGUGACGGCAGCAGCGGCGGCGGCGGCGGCGGCGGCGGAAGCAGCGAGGCGGAGGUGGCGCGGCGCGCGAGCGAGCGACUGAUGGCUUUAAUCGCGGAGGGACGCGACCAGCUGGAAGGCGAGCGGCUCGAAGAGGCCGUCGCGACGUAUGACGAGGUGCGCGGCGACUUAGCUGUGGAUGGAGGUGGGGCCGGAGUGGUUGGCGCUGGGGCAUCACAAGAGGGCGUUCGAGCCGUUCAGCUUUUGAGGCGCUUCAACAUUUGUGCUUCUGUCUCUCCUCCCUCUCAGGCCGUAAACGCCAAUCCCAACAACGCAGAGCUGUGGAUGGAGGUGGGGGCGGAGCGGGAGACGCUGGGGCAGCACGAGAGGGCGCACGAGGCGUUCAGCCGCGUACUGGAGCUUCUCCCGGGCGACGCGGAGGCGCUCAAACGACGAGGGCUGAGCGCGUUCAACUUGUACCGAUUCAAGGACGCUCUCAAAGACCUGCUGCCCGUGUUGCACAUGCUGCCAGACGAUGCCGACCUCAACCGUGCCGUGGUGAGACCGUUGCUCUGCAGCAUUCCCCACUACCCCCACCGCUUCUCCCAGCUGCCCUCCCUAUUGCCUCCCCGCUACACCCAUGCCCCUUUCCCCUCCUCCCCUCCCCCCAUACCCCACUUUUUCCUCCUCCCCGCUCCCCCACUCUUCCCCCUCUUUCCCCACUUUUCCCCCUUUCGCCCCUAUCCCGUUUCCACACCAAUGAAUUGCAUUGACGCGGGGCUGAAGGCGUUCCCAGGGGACCUGGAGCAGGUAUCACCCACCACCCACCGCUCACCCUUCCGCCCCUCUGUUCCUUCGCCCCGUUCCCUCACCAGGGGAGUGCUUCCCAUGGCAGACGCGGGGCUCAAGGCGUUCCCAGGCGACCUGGAGAUCAUGCACGUCAAGGCAUCCAGCCUACACGUGCUGGGCGAGCAUGCUGCUGCUGUGAGUCACUCGUGA